GCGAGUUCCGUCCCUCUCGCCCGCCGCCAGGUGCAGCUGAUCCGGCCAGCAUGUCCGUCCACUUCAGCUCCCAAGUCUUCAGCUCGCGCUCCGCCGCCUUCCCGGGGCGCGGCGCUCAGAUGCGCCCGAGCUCCGUGCGCCCCGGCGCCUUCGGCAGCAGCAGCCUCUACGGCCUGGGCACCUCGCGGCCGCGCGUGGCCGUGCGCUCCGCCUACCCGGGCCCAGCGGGCGCCGGCAUCCGCGAGGUCACCAUCAAUCAGAACCUGCUGGCCCCGCUGCACGUGGACAUCGACCCCUCCAUCCAGCAGGUGCGCCAGGAGGAGCGUGAGCAGAUCAAGACCCUCAACGACAAGUUCGCCUCCUUCAUCGACAAGGUGCGGUUCCUGGAGCAGCAGAACAAGCUGCUGGAGACCAAGUGGGCGCUGCUGCAGGAGCAGAAGUCGGCCAAGAGCAGCUGUGUCCCGGGCAUCUUUGAGGCCCAGAUUGCUGGCCUGCGGAAGCAGCUUGAGGGGCUUCAGAUGGACGGGGGCCGCCUGGAGGUGGAGCUGCGGGGUGUGCAGGACCUGGUGGAAGACUUCAAGAAUAAGUAUGAAGAUGAAAUUAACCGUCGCACGGCUGCUGAGAAUGAGUUCGUGGUGCUGAAAAAGGACGUGGACGCCGCCUACAUGAACAAGGUGGAGCUGGAGGCCAAGGUGGACGCCCUGAAUGAUGAGAUCAACUUCUUCAAGACUCUCAGUGAGAUGGAGUUGACAGAGCUGCAGUCCCAGAUCUCGGACACGUCCGUGGUCCUCUCCAUGGACAACAACCGCUCUCUGGACCUGGACGGCAUCAUCGCCGAGGUGCGCGCCCAGUACGAGGACAUCGCCAACCGCAGCCGGGCCGAGGCUGAGGCCUGGUACCAGACCAAGUUUGAGACCCUCCAGGCCCAGGCUGGGAAGCACGGGGACGACCUCCGGAACACCCGGAACGAGAUCGCCGAGAUGAGCCGGGCCGUCCAGAGGCUGCAGGCAGAGAUCGACAACACCAAGAACCAGCGUGCCAAGCUGGAGGCUGCCAUUGCCGAGGCUGAGGAGCGUGGAGAGCUGGCCCUCAAGGAUGCACACGCCAAGCAGGAGGAGCUGGAGGCCGCCCUGCAGCGUGCCAAGCAGGACAUGGCCGGGCAGCUCCGGAAGUACCAGGAGCUCCUGAACGUCAAGCUGGCCCUGGACGUCGAGAUCGCCACCUACCGCAAGCUGCUGGAGGGCGAGGAGAGCCGGUUGGCCGGAGAUGGAGUGGGAGCCGUGAACAUCUCUGUGGUGAAUUCUUCUGGCGGCGCUGGCAGCGGGCUGGCCUUCGGGGGAACCAUGGGCAGCAAUGCCCUGAGCUUCUACAGCGGUGGGGGACCGGGGGUCCUCAAAGCCUAUUCCAUUGGGACCACAUCUGCCAACCGCAGGAGCACCCGCAACUGAGCCCUGGGUGUGAGGAGACACAUACCCCCGUCUGCGCACAGGAGGACUCCCAUCCCUGGUCCCAAGGCUGCAAAGCAGUCCGCAAAAUGAUGUCAGAGUAACUUCCAAUAAAGCAGCCUCUUUCUGAGGCCUAGUCGAGCCCCGCGCC